GUGCGGCUUCCCGGCCCCUGGUUCUCAGUUCUCUGUAGCCCGCGGUUCGCCGCCCCGCUCGCCGCCGCGAUGCCGGUGUUUCAUACGCGCACGAUUGAGAGCAUUCUGGAGCCGGUGGCGCAGCAGAUCUCGCACCUGGUGAUUAUGCACGAGGAAGGCGAGGUGGACGGCAAAGCUAUCCCUGACCUCACCGCGCCUGUGGCCGCCGUGCAGGCGGCGGUCAGCAACCUCGUUCGGGUUGGAAAAGAGACUGUUCAAACCACUGAGGAUCAGAUUUUGAAGAGAGAUAUGCCACCAGCAUUUAUUAAGGUGGAGAAUGCUUGCACCAAGCUUGUCCAAGCAGCCCAGAUGCUUCAGUCAGACCCUUACUCAGUGCCUGCUCGAGAUUAUCUAAUUGAUGGGUCAAGAGGCAUCCUCUCCGGCACAUCAGACCUGCUCCUCACCUUCGACGAGGCUGAGGUUCGUAAAAUUAUUAGAGUUUGCAAAGGAAUUUUGGAAUAUCUUACAGUGGCAGAGGUGGUAGAAACUAUGGAAGAUUUGGUCACUUACACGAAGAAUCUUGGACCAGGAAUGACUAAGAUGGCCAAGAUGAUUGACGAGAGGCAGCAGGAACUGACUCACCAGGAGCAUCGAGUGAUGUUGGUGAACUCAAUGAACACUGUGAAAGAGUUGCUGCCAGUUCUCAUUUCAGCUAUGAAGAUUUUUGUAACAACUAAAAACUCCAAAAACCAAGGAAUUGAAGAAGCUUUGAAAAAUCGCAAUUUUACUGUAGAAAAGAUGAGUGCUGAAAUUAAUGAGAUCAUUCGUGUAUUACAACUCACUUCCUGGGACGAAGAUGCCUGGGCCAGCAAGAAGGACACUGAAGCCAUGAAGAGAGCACUGGCCUCCAUAGACUCCAAACUGAACCAGGCUAAAGGUUGGCUCCGCGAUCCCAAUGCCUCCCCAGGUGAUGCUGGUGAACAGGCCAUCAGGCAGAUCUUAGAUGAAGCUGGAAAAGUUGGUGAACUCUGUGCAGGCAAAGAACGCAGGGAGAUCCUGGGAACCUGCAAAAUGCUAGGGCAGAUGACUGACCAAGUGGCUGACCUCCGAGCCAGAGGACAAGGAGCCUCACCCGUGGCCAUGCAGAAAGCCCAGCAAGUGUCUCAGGGUCUGGAUGUGCUCACAGCAAAAGUGGAAAAUGCAGCCCGCAAGCUGGAAGCCAUGACCAACUCAAAGCAGAGCAUUGCAAAGAAGAUCGAUGCUGCUCAGAAUUGGCUUGCAGAUCCGAAUGGUGGACCAGAAGGAGAAGAACAGAUUCGAGGGGCUUUGGCUGAAGCUCGGAAAAUAGCAGAAUUAUGUGAUGAUCCUAAAGAGAGAGAUGACAUUCUGCGUUCUCUUGGAGAAAUAUCUGCUCUGACUUCUAAAUUAGGAGAUCUACGGAGACAAGGAAAAGGAGAUUCCCCAGAGGCCCGAGCAUUAGCCAAACAGGUAGCCACAGCCCUACAGAAUUUACAGACUAAAACAAACAGGGCUGUGGCCAACAGCAGACCUGCCAAAGCAGCUGUCCACCUUGAAGGCAAGAUUGAGCAAGCGCAGCGGUGGAUUGAUAAUCCUACUGUGGAUGACCGGGGAGUUGGUCAGGCUGCCAUCCGAGGGCUUGUGGCCGAAGGACAUCGUCUGGCUAAUGUCAUGAUGGGGCCUUAUCGCCAGGAUCUUCUUGCACAGUGUGACCGAGUGGACCAGCUGACAGCCCAGCUGGCUGACCUGGCUGCCAGAGGGGAAGGGGAGAGCCCCCAGGCGAGAGCUCUUGCAUCUCAGCUCCAAGACUCCUUAAAGGAUCUGAAAGCCCGGAUGCAGGAGGCCAUGACUCAGGAGGUGUCAGAUGUUUUCAGUGAUACCACGACUCCCAUCAAGCUGUUGGCGGUGGCAGCCACUGCUCCUCCUGAUGCACCCAACAGGGAAGAGGUGUUUGAUGAGAGGGCAGCUAACUUUGAAAACCAUUCAGGAAGGCUUGGGGCCACAGCAGAGAAGGCGGCUGCUGUUGGAACUGCUAAUAAAUCAACAGUGGAAGGCAUUCAGGCCUCAGUGAAGACAGCCCGAGAACUCACACCCCAGGUGGUCUCAGCCGCUCGCAUCUUACUUAGGAAUCCUGGAAAUCAAGCUGCUUAUGAACAUUUUGAGACCAUGAAGAACCAGUGGAUCGAUAAUGUUGAAAAAAUGACAGGGCUGGUGGACGAAGCCAUUGACACUAAAUCUCUGUUGGAUGCUUCUGAAGAAGCAAUUAAAAAAGACCUGGACAAGUGUAAAGUUGCCAUGGCCAACAUUCAGCCUCAGAUGCUGGUCGCUGGGGCAACCAGCAUUGCUCGUCGGGCCAACCGGAUCCUGCUGGUGGCUAAGAGGGAGGUGGAGAACUCUGAGGAUCCCAAAUUCCGUGAGGCCGUGAAAGCUGCCUCUGACGAAUUGAGCAAAACCAUCUCCCCAAUGGUGGUGGAUGCAAAGGCCGUGGCAGGAAACAUUUCUGACCCUGGACUGCAAAAGAGCUUCCUGGACUCGGGAUACCGGAUCCUAGGAGCUGUGGCCAAGGUCAGAGAAGCCUUCCAACCACAGGAGCCUGACUUCCCACCUCCUCCACCAGACCUUGAACAGCUCCGACUGACAGAUGAGCUUGCUCCUCCCAAACCACCUCUGCCUGAGGGUGAGGUCCCUCCACCCAGGCCCCCACCACCAGAGGAGAAGGAUGAAGAAUUCCCUGAGCAGAAAGCCGGGGAGGUGAUUAACCAGCCAAUGAUGAUGGCUGCCAGGCAGCUCCAUGAUGAAGCUCGCAAGUGGUCCAGCAAGCCGGGUAACCCAGCCGCUAAGGUGGGUAUAAGUGUUGUAGCUGAGGCAGAGGCGGCUGAUGCUGUUGGGUUCCCUGUCCCCCCUGACAUGGAAGACGAUUACGAACCUGAGCUGCUGUUAAUGCCAUCCAAUCAGCCGGUCAACCAGCCCAUUCUGGCCGCGGCUCAGUCAUUGCAUCGGGAAGCUACCAAGUGGUCUAGUAAGGGCAAUGACAUCAUUGCAGCAGCCAAGCGCAUGGCUCUGUUGAUGGCUGAGAUGUCUCGACUGGUCAGAGGGGGCAGCGGCACCAAGCGGGCACUGAUUCAGUGUGCCAAGGAUAUUGCCAAGGCCUCAGAUGAGGUGACUCGGUUGGCCAAGGAGGUUGCCAAGCAGUGCACAGAUAAGCGGAUUAGAACCAACCUUUUACAGGUUUGCGAGCGAAUCCCAACCAUAAGCACCCAGCUCAAAAUCCUGUCCACGGUGAAGGCCACCAUGCUGGGCCGGACCAACAUAAGCGACGAGGAGUCUGAGCAGGCCACAGAGAUGCUGGUUCACAAUGCCCAGAACCUCAUGCAGUCUGUGAAGGAAACUGUUCGAGAAGCAGAAGCAGCUUCAAUCAAAAUUCGAACAGAUGCUGGGUUUACUCUGCGCUGGGUUAGAAAGACUCCCUGGUACCAGUAGACACCUGGUUGAACCUGGCUAACACAGAAGCAAGCCCCUGCUGCACAGAACGAAAAUGAUCUGGUCCCAGGAGCCACCCAAGAUUGCUGGGGGGUUGAAAGCCACCAUCCUGGCCUGACAUACAAAUUAGAAAACAUUUACACUCUUGUUGUGGACACUGAAACGUGUCUCCGUUAUAAGGCCUGUAUUCUCAAACACGGCUUGACUUAUGCACACUCUUUCCCAAUAGGCAGACUGGGUUUCUAGCCCAUGGACUUCACAUAAGCUCCAAAUCCAAGAGUGAACACUAGCCUGACACCCUGCUCUGCCCUUGUUCCCUAGAGGACAGCUCCCUUUCCGCCCCUACCCUCUCAUUCUUUCCACUAGGCUUCCAAGACCCAGGGCCAGGCAAGUCAGUUAAGAAAAUCACUGUGCCUCCAACAUUUGUUUUGGGCUUUCCAUGUUGCUGCUGACCCUGCCUGCCUCUCCUGGCUGUGCUUCCUGGGUCUUCUUCAGAUGUGAGCUUCACUGUGGCAGGGGAAGGUGGCCUCUGGGGAGCCCCAGCUUGUGGGGCCUGAACUCACUCGCUUCCUUUCCCUAAUUCAAUACUUCUAGUUUCCCACAGAACACAGCCAAAUUUCACUUUGUCAGGAGGAAAUCACUGUAUCAUGUGGUUCUGUCUUUACCUCACCUCAGAGCAGUGUCUGUGCUAGGAAACCUUUCCGUCCCAUCCCCUGCCUUGACCCGCCAAGGCAGCCAUCCCAAGAACACACUGUGUGUCCUGGUGCUCUCUGCCACUGGAGAGGCAGAGUAGCCGGGGCGUGGCUCUGCCCACCCUCCUGGCAGGGCCACUCCACGCUUCGUCACUGCCUGCAGAGGUCUAUGCUGAGGCCUUAUUCAUUCAUUCUUAGCUCUUACUGUUCUUUCUGAGCUGAAAUGCUGCAUUUUAUUUUUAACCGAAUCAUGUUUCCUGUCCUGGCUUUUGUAUUCUCCCCUCAAACCCUUCCUAGACAAGAUUUUAAAGAUAAAUGUUUGUUUUGUAAUUUUGGAAGAUCCUUUUUAUCCUUUUGAAAUUCAGUCCUGAGAAUUGGUGCUUGCCCCCAGGAGUGUUUAAUGGAAAGGCAAUCCUGUCUGAAGGACGCUUCCUACCUAAGGGAGGUGGUAUUUGCAGACUGGAAUUCUGGCACUCUGGGGGAUGAGUCAAUGGGAAAUAGUCCUCAGAAAUUCCUACCUCCCUUGGCCAACAACAACCAAGUCCCUUGCAACCUCCCCUCCCUCCCAAGUACAGCUGUUCAAGGGAGUAAUGGGUAUAAUAUUUAUCACCGUAAGUUUCCUAUUAGCAAAGUGAGAGAAGGGAGCUUUUCCUUUCCUGUACUUUUCACUGCUGUCUAAGCAUUCCCCAGCACAUGAAACUGUAUUUCUUCCCAAAGCCAGAACUGGAUGAGUAAAGGAGUAAGACCCUUGCCUGAAUGUCCUCCCCACCUCAAAUGCGUGUUAGAUCCUAACAUCGAAUGUGUAAAACUUGUCUUAAGUUGGUACUGUACACUCAGGCUUCCUCUAUUACCUUUUAACUGAUAAUGAUUUUCAAGGCCCUCAGCAUCUUUGUAUAGUUGCUUAACUGAUAUAAAUGCAAUAUUAAUGCCUUUAAAGUAUGAAUCUAUGCCAAAGAUCACCUUUUGUUUUACUAAGACUACUUAGAGGAAGUAAGAAAAAUCAUGUUUGCUCUCCAAGUUCUUCCAGUGUUUUGAGACACUGGUUUACACUUUACGCCAAUGUGCUUUUCUCUAAUAUCAGUGCUCAAGACACAGUGAAACAAAUUAAAAAAAAAAAAAAUCCCUGAAUGCUGAUUAGAGAUAUCACCACUGAAAAACUACAUUUAUAAGCCAGAAUUUGUUAUAUGCGAGUAUUUUCUGCCUCUUCUGUUUAAAACAAUAAAGUACAUUUGUAUAA